AACAUGGCCGUCCAGCUGUUCCUGUUGGCGGCAGCGAUCUCAAUGACAAGGGCCGGGCUGAUCGGCCCCUCCUACGCAACACCUGCGGCCUAUGCAGCAUAUGCCGCCCCCGUAGCUAAGGUCGCAGUUCCAAUCGCACAUCCGGCGGCGCCGGCGCAGUACAGCUACGCUUACGAAGUGCAGGACGCUCUGACCGGAGACUCCAAGGGACAGCAGGAGACCCGCAGUGGAGAUGUCGUCCAGGGCAGCUACAGCCUGGUGGAGCCUGACGGGACACGUCGCACCGUCGAGUACACCGCCGACCCUCUGAACGGAUUCAACGCCGUCGUGCACCGUGAACCCGCCGUCGUCGCAGCCCCUGUGGCUAAUGUGGCUGCACCUAUUGCUUACGCAGCCCCCGCUGUGGCUAAGGCUGUGGCUCCAGUGGCAUAUGCCGCGCCAGCAGCAUACGUGGCUCAUGCCGCCCCCGCCGUGGCUAAGGCUGUCGCUCCAGUGCCAUAUACCGCCCCAGCAGCAUACGUGGCUCAUGCUGCUCCCGUCGCUUACACCGCCCCCGCCGUGGCUAAGGCUGUGGCUCCAGUAGCAUAUGCCGCGCCAGCAGCAUACGUGGCUCAUGCCGCCCCCGCCGUGGCUAAGGCUGUGGCUCCAGUGGCAUAUGCCGCGCCAGCAGCAUACGUGGCUCAUGCCGCCCCCGCCGUGGCUAAGGCUGUCGCUCCAGUGCCAUAUACCGCCCCAGCAGCAUACGUGGCUCAUGCUGCUCCCGUCGCUUACACCGCCCCCGCCGUGGCUAAGGCUGUGGCUCCAGUAGCAUAUGCCGCGCCAGCAGCAUAUGUGGCUCAUGCCGCCCCCGCCGUGGCUAAGGCUGUGGCUCCAGUGGCAUAUGCCGCGCCAGCAGCAUACGUGGCUCAUGCCGCCCCCGCCGUGGCUAAGGCUGUCGCUCCAGUGAAGUGGGCAAAACAAGAUCAGACACAGGGAACCUGCUUCGCGCAAUCAAGGCCGAAGGAUACGCCCUCCCUCACUGAAUUAGGCAUUCCCGCGCGGUAUUGCAUCAUGACUGGCUAUAUAAAACAAGGUGCAACUGAGGCCCAGCACAAGACACUCCACGCCAUGGUUUGCAAGCUUUUCAUCCUCGCUGCCCUACUGGCCGUUGCCAGAGCAGGACUCAUCGGCGCUCCAGCCGUCGUAUCUCCAGGUGCCCCUCUGGCUUAUGGUGCCCCCGCCUUGGCUCAAGCGCCCCUUGCUUACUCCGCCCCCGCCGUCGCCAGAGUCGCUGCUCCCCUUGCCUACGCCGCCCCCGCCGUAGCUAAAGUCGCCGCAGUCGACACCGACUACGACCCCAACCCCCAGUACAGCUACGCUUACGACAUCCAGGACGCUCUGACUGGAGACUCCAAGGGACAGCAGGAGACUCGUAGUGGAGACGUCGUCCAGGGCAGCUACAGCCUGGUGGAGCCUGACGGCACCCGUCGUACCGUCGAGUACACCGCCGACCCUCUGAACGGAUUCAACGCCGUCGUGCACCGUGAACCCGCCGUGGUCGCUGCCCCUGUGGCUAAAGUGGCUGCACCUAUUGCUUACGCAGCCCCCGCUGUGGCUAAGGUGGCUGCCCCUCUGGGAUACGCGUCCCCUCUGGGAUACGCGUCCCCUCUGGGAUACGCGUCCCCUCUGGGAUAUGCCUCCCCUCUGCAAACUAAAGCCAUCAUUGGUUAA